AAUAUGCAGAUUUCUGGACCUUGGAGAAGAAAUGGAGGAUGGGCCACAGAAAUGCAACGUGUCUGGGAAGUCUCUGGGAAAAAAACAGUUCUAUAUAUGACCGUCGGAGUUGUGAUUUGAAAGCGACAAAACGACACCGGCAGUCAGCGAACUAUUUAUGCCCUAGGUCCAAAGUUCAUUGGUUGCAGUUACUAUUGUGCACCAUGUCGGAAGUUAAAAAGCUGCGGACGGUUCUGAACAAAUCCACCAAUGUGGUGUACCAGUCCCCAAAUGUGAGCAGGGUCAAGAGAGGCCAGGUGGUGGGGACCAGAGGAGGCUUCAGAGGCUGCACUGUCUGGCUGACAGGUCUGUCAGGGGCUGGGAAGACCACCAUUGGCUUUGCCCUGGAGGAGUACCUGGUCUCCCAUGGCAUUCCCUGCUAUUCUCUAGAUGGAGAUAAUAUUCGGCACGGCCUCAACAAGAACCUUGGUUUCAGCGCCAUUGAUCGCGAAGAGAACAUUCGUCGCAUCGCAGAGGUGGCCAGGCUUUUUGCCGAUGCCGGCUUGGUCUGCAUCACUAGCUUCAUCUCCCCCUACACUAAGGAUCGUGAUGAUGCCAGGAAGAUACAUGAAAGUGCUGGCUUGCCUUUCUUCGAAAUGUUUGUCAACGCUUCUCUGGAGGUGUGUGAAAACCGCGACGUAAAGGGACUCUACAAGAAAGCCCGAGCUGGGGAAAUCAAAGGGUUUACCGGAAUUGAUUCAGAGUAUGAACAUCCUAACACCCCAGACUUGGUGCUGAAGACUGGAGACCUAACAGUCAACGAGUGCAUUCAACAGGUGGUGGAGCUGCUUAGGGAACAGAAUAUUGUGCCCAAUGGAAUCACGGAAAACGUGAAUGAGCUGUUUGUUCCAGAGAACAAGCUGAAGCUGGCACAGUCUGACGCUAAAACAUUGCCAACCAUCAGCAUCACCAAGAUGGACCUCCAGUGGGUGCAGGUCCUGGCGGAGGGCUGGGCCAGCCCCCUGAAGGGCUUUAUGAGGGAGAGAGAGUUCCUCCAGGUCAUGCACUUUGGCAACCUGCUGGACGGUGGAAUCAUAAACCUGUCAGUCCCGAUUGUCCUGCCAGUUACCAUGGAGACCAAGCAGAGCCUAGAUGGCUGUGCAGUGGUAGUUCUUGAGUAUCAGGGUUCCAGAGUGGCUAUCCUUCGAAAUCCUGAGUUUUAUGAACAUCGCAAAGAGGAGCGCUGUGCCCGCCAGUGGGGCACCACCUGCCCACAGCACCCCUACAUUAAGAUGGUGAUGGAGGGAGGUGACUGGUUAGUUGGUGGUGACCUUGAGGUGCUGGAGCGAAUCCGUUGGAAUGACGGUCUUGACCAGUACCGCCUUACUCCACGGGAGCUGAAGCAGAAAUUCAAAAAGAUGAAAGCAGAUGCCAUUUUUGCCUUCCAACUGCGGAACCCAGUUCACAACGGCCACGCCCUGCUGAUGCAGGAUACCAAGCGUCGUCUACUGGAGCGUGGCUACAAGAACCCUGUCCUGCUGCUUCACCCUCUGGGGGGCUGGACCAAGGACGAUGACGUACCUCUGGACUGGCGUAUGAAACAGCAUGCAGCGGUGCUGGAGGAGGGAGUACUGGAACCUAGCAGCACCAUCGUGGCCAUCUUCCCGUCGCCCAUGAUGUACGCUGGGCCCACCGAGGUCCAGUGGCAUUGCAGGGCCCGGAUGGUUGCAGGCGCUAACUUUUACAUCGUGGGUCGUGAUCCCGCAGGCAUGCCCCACCCAGAGACCAAACAGGACUUGUAUGAGCCAACUCAUGGAGGGAAGGUCCUUACCAUGGCCCCUGGCCUCACCUCUGUAGAGAUCAUUCCUUUCAGAGUGGCUGCCUACAACAAGUCCAAGAAGGCCAUGGACUUUUAUGAUAAUGAAAGACAUGCUGAGUUUGAGUUCAUCUCAGGAACCAGAAUGAGGAAGCUGGCAAGGAGUGGGGAGAACCCCCCAGAUGGUUUUAUGGCUCCCAAAGCCUGGAAGGUCCUGACAGAGUACUACAGUUCUCUACAGAAAGACCAGUAGCCAGUCCAGCCUGGAGGAAACAGCACUUAUUUCUUAUACCAGGCUUUCCACUAGAACAGCCAGUGACCUAUGCACCAGAGCUCUUAAACUAAAUAAUCCCAAUGUUGUAUAAUGAUUUGAUAGAUACCAUGUUGUCACCUAUCUUUUUACAUUUUAAACUUCCAUAAUAUUUAUACUGUAUGACUAUCACUUGAAUGAGGCAUUUUAUGUUGCAUGUGAGAUUAAAUUGCAUUUUAAAAACCUUUCCAGAAAUCGAUCUAUAUCAAGAGAUCAUGAACAUUUAAUUAUUGUUUAUGCAUGUGUAGCCAUACUUUUUCACUAUCAGGAGAAAGUGCCUUUCCUAUUGAAUGUAAACAGUAAGGAGCUACUGCACUGUGGAAAUGUUUCUUUAAUCUGAAAGGACUGAAAUGAAGACCCCAUUACCUAAUGGUAUAAGUACUGUGAAGUGGCUUUCAUCUCUCAAUACAUCAUUGUUUAUGUUUUGGCAUGGUCUCUGUGAAGACUGACAGCAGUGGAGGGGAAAUGUAAAAUAAAACAACAAUAUUACUGCAUUCAAACAAGAAAACUGCCCCUUCAUAGAAAUAAUGUGUCAGUCAGUUAUCUGUCUAUACAUCGAUAUAUUCAUUAAACAUUGCA